GGGUGCGAGCCAACGCCUCUGCUGCCGGCUCGCUCUGCUCCCUCCCCAGGUCGCCCGGAGCCCGCGCCCCCGCCCGCCCGCCCAGGAGGGAUGCUGCUCCGGCAGCUGCUGGGGCUGCUCCGCCGCUGCUGGCCCUCCCUGCUGCUGCACUGUGCCCUCCACCCGCUCUGGGGGUCCCUCCAGAUCACUCAGGGCGAGCCCCAGAAGUCAUGCUCCAAGCCUGUAGCAGAGAAAUUUACAGAGAGCUGCCAGGAAAUUUGCCAGUGCAGGCCGCCUCCACUGUUACCACCGCCUCCUCCACCUCCGCCGCCCCCGAGGUUGCUAGCAGUGCCGACUCCCAAGUCUACCUUUUGUCCUACUGAAGAGACCUGGUGGCCAGGCCUGGUUAUUAUCAUUGCAGUAUGCUGCGCCACACUAGUGUUCCUCUUUGUAGUUGUCAUCAUUUGCUACAAAGCCAUAAAAAGGAAACCAAUGAGAAAAGAAGAGAACGGAACCAGUCGGUCGGAAUAUGCAAUGACCUCCUCCCAAAACAACAAAACAGUUGAUAACAAUGCGGUCGUAUAAUCCCCGAAGCCCCGCCAAGCGCAGGAGGUGGUAAACUUUCAAAGCACACACACAGAGUAUGCAAGGUGGGUGAAAUGAGGCAACCGAGGGAGCUCUGUGGCCAAGGACUUCAUUUCAGAAACAGCGCACGCAUCAGUGAUCCAGAAGAGAAAAACAGGCUGCUCUCCAGGCUUGCUGCUGCUCCAGGGAGGAUAAACUCACCCACCUGGGCUGCCCAGAGAAAAGGCCUCUGGGCAUAAGCACUGCAUGCUGCAUCCCAUGAAAGCGAUGUUGCGAUGUCUCCCGCUUCUUCUUCCUCUCUUCCCCUACUUUUAAGUUUGAAUUGAGUGUCACAAAAAGCUUCCGGAGUAGGAUCUUUUGAGGAGAGGGUGAUCUGCCAGAGCGGCAGUAGUUUAUCACAGAUGGGUCAGAGGGAGGUGUCUCCUUAUAAAUGGGAGGUGUCUCCCUCUAAAUGGUGAGAGGUGUCACCUAUGUGCUUCUCCGGCCUGUGCAGUUUGAUACAUUGAUGCUUCAUUCUUUUCAUUCUUACUGUUUUGUUAUUAAAAAGGGAACAAAGACUUCUGUUAAGCAAUCAAGCAAAAUUGGCCUGAACUUGUGACUUAUCCCAAGAAAUUCUUCUGUGGUCUGGUGACUAUGCAGUUUUCAUGGCUGAAGUUUCCAGGCAGGAGAAAUCAAAAUGUAAGAUUUUAGCAAUUAGCAUUGCUAUUGAAAGAGAUGUAAUUAAGAUGUGCUUUAAACAUUAUUGCUUCAUAAUCAGCCUCCUUUUUUGCACCACACUUUUAUUUUAUCUUUAGAAAUGUUCCUUUGUGAAAGUCCAUGUUUCUCUGUGUUUGCAUCACACUGAUUCCCCAGGGAAACUCCUACAGGGAAGAUGCUGUUUACGUCUUGGUGUGAGUGUUUGGGCAGGAUUCUGUUGAAAGGACUAGCAGCCCUUUGAAAUUCUCUUCAUUCACUGGUUAGUGUUGUUCCCUCAAAGUGUUGAGUCUCCUGAACUGAUGCACUGAGGACAUUGCAGGUCUGGCUUGUAGGACCACUUUGGAGGGUCUGGUAGCUGAUUGUGUGCUCAGUCCCUGCCUCUCCUGAGCCGAGGCUGACAGUGGUGCCAAGUUCAGUGUACAGUUCACUAUACUUUCCAUGACGUGAAUUGCAGACUAUUUGAGGCAAAGCUGAAUCUACCCAAAUUCAUUUCACGUAGGAUCUCAGGUCAGACUCAGUAAGUAGCCCUUAGGAUAAAGGUGAUGAGACUAGUUGAGAUGCUGGUCUUUCCCUACCUCCUGAAAACUUUCCUUUGUGUCAUAUCUCCAUGUGUAUGUCUCCAUUUACCUCUGUGCUGAAAGUAGUGAUGCAGUCAAAGACAAAUUUACACCCUGGCAUCUUGUCUGGACAUAAAACUUUGGUACCACUCAGUCUCUGUGUCUGUGGGUAACUCCAGGCACCGAUGCAGUCUCGCUCGGGGACCUGGCUGUCCCCAGCUGUGUUGUCCCUCAGUACUGCAGCACACCAAUACUUUCAGUUUUAUACAAGGAUGUGCCUGAACUGCAGAAAUCAGACCUGGAUUUUGAGUGCAUUCCGGCCUGUGGGUAAUCUAUUCCUGGAAUGCAGAGUUUGGCAUGAUGGUAGAGGAAGACAACAUUCUGCAGAUCUUCCCAAAAAAAGCUCUGGAAUAUUCAAAUCAGCAGUCUCAGCUCAGGCCCAUCUGCAGUUUUCUAUUACCUAUCAAACAAUAGGGUGUAUGUAAAUAUAAGUACCUUUUCAAUUAUAACAUGAAAUGCUGCUAUAUAUUGCUCUUGAGAAAUGUAUGUAGUUAUUAAUUUAGCUUUUUAGUCUGUCAUCACUAUGUAGAAGUUUAACUGCAUAAAAAUAUUUUUUAAAGUUAGACUUUCUUGGGAAGUGAAUGCAAUUGCAAAAGUUAAAGGAGGCAAGUAACUCUUUGCCCAUGAGUAUGAUCAUUCCCACCCACAUUAAUGUUGUGUGCUUGUGCAAGACACAGUGAUAUAUUCUUAGAUCCAAAGUGGGAUUAAAAUUGCAGAAUUUACAAUUUGAGUCUAGUGUCCCAAAUGUUGAUUGCCUAAAGCACUUAGCCCCUAAAUACUAUAAUAAAAAUAUUGCAAGUAUAUUUCUAGAAUAUUUUUAAGCUAUAACAUUUAUUUUGGUGUAAUUACCUAUGUUUGCCUUUCUUUUUUUCUUUCAACUCCAGUUGUUUCAGCCUAAAUGUGGAAAUGUGGCAUAGUUUGAGACUGGUUGCAUGUUUAUCUGAGAGUAUAAAGUAUGACUGCAGAUAAGUUUAGCAUAAUAUGGGCUCAGGAUUAGCACUUUUCCCUAAAGGUUUCAAUUUUAUUUGUUUCCUAAUACAGCUUUAAAGGCAUGUUCUGUAAGGUCAAAAUCACAAAAAGGAUUUGUAGAUCAUUGUGUCCAUCAAAGUAUGUCUGUUUUUGCAAAAAAAAAAAAAAAAAAGAGUAAAAUGAGAUGGUCACUAAACUGUCUGAUUUUCAGUGAUAUCAGUGGUAAAAUGUCCUCACUAGAGAAGAUGCAUGACACAACCCACAAGCAAACCCAGCCCAGGCCCCUGAAAACUCUUCAGGAGAACAUAAACAUUAAAAACUUCCUGGAGAGUGGAGAGGCAUCGCAAGGCACAGCACAUGCCUCUAGGAGCUGUUUCCAACUCUACCACUGAUCUGCUGUUUACUAGCAAGUAAUUUUGCCUCUCUGUGCCUCAGUUUACCCAUCUGUAUAAUCACAGUAAAAGUAGGUACCAGCUCUGGGGCAGCAUUUUGAGAGAAAUACACGCAGCUUAUUUGCUAGGUGGAUACACACUAUCAUUAUAUGCAACAUGCUGAUAAAUGUAUUGGGCACAUAAUUGCCAGAAUAGCUCUUGAGCAAGCAUUCCUCACAUGCUUUUAUAAUGCAUUGGCCACAGAAAAGCAGCAGCAGACAGGCUGAGAGCUGCUUUUCUGCUUGCCCAGACCCUUUGCUCUCAGCCCUCACAUCACAGCAUGGCAGGAAGAGGUGGGAAAUCUUCAUGGAGUAGCUUUGCCUUUAGAUUCCUGCCCAAGUACCCUUGGCUACAUUGCACCAAAGUGAUCUUGAGAAAGGCGCCGGGAAAAAUGUACUGGAAUCAGACAAGCCUUCAGAAAAGGGAGGCUAGACAGGGGAUGUCACUGAGGAGUGAUUUCUGAGGCUUGCUGAUGGGGUUUAAGGUUGUGUUUAAUACUCUACAGACUACUUGCAAAGCUUAUAUAAGAGAGGCUUCUGUGCUUCCUUAUUGUGCUAUAACUAAAUGCAAAGGGAAAGGAGUAGGCCAGAUACAUGAGUGCUUCGCUAAGCAGUGAUCCUGGAUGUGGGGAACUGGCAACCCAAAAUACAGCUUUACAAGCAUUUUGAGUUCCUUUUUAGCUACUAAAAUAUCAGGGGUAGAAAGGACCUGCCUAGCUCCAUUCACAAAGUCCUCAGAUCCCCAGCAGGUGUGGAGGUGGCCAGUUUCUACACAGAAGGUGCUUGCUGUGCUCUGACCACCACCAGGCAAACUCACUGCCCUCAGUCUGAGGGAGAGCAGCAGCUCCAAAUCUCUUCUCAAGGAUCACCACUAGCAGGGAAUGCGCCUUAAGGGCCUGAGCUGCAAAGUGCUGAGUUUCCUUGUUCCUCACAAGACAGGAAGGUAGAGCUGAAGCCCCAGCCCUGCUGCCUUUCCUGUCCUGCACCUGACACAGUGGUGUGCCCAGGGAAGCAUUUCUGCCUUGGACAGAUGCUGCAAAAACAGACAUGGAAAGAAAGGGGAAAGUUCUACAAAGUAUAAUAUAUAAAUAUAUUGAUAUAUAUCUAUACAGAGAUCUGAUUGUCCAAUCUUGCAUGCUAUAUGGUCACAGCACGUGGAGAAAGUGUGGGCAGCCUGCUCCAACCAGGUCAUGACCAUUGAUGCUGCAAAGCAAUGGAGAAUCAGGCCUAUGGUAGAUAUGUAUUUACAAUACUCCCUGCACCUGUACAAACAAAAAUAUAUUAUUUUAAACUGCAAAAUAGUGUGUUUAAAUCAAUGCAUGAAUGUAAAUAUUCUAAGAUCUGCCUUCUUGACUGUGUACCACAUGUACAGAUGAAAACAAAUACUGUUUAUAGGAAAUCUGUAUCAGUGGUUAAAUGACUAAAGAGAAAAAAAAUAUCAAACUUAAUGUUGUCAUGUUUCUCAAACAAGCCAUUAAUGUAUAUUUAGUAUUUAAGGAUAUUGCUCAAUAAGUAUGUUCUGUACCAAAAACUGUGUUGCAUAUACAGAUUGUGCAGUACCCUAUUUUAAAAAGGCACCAUAAUUAAUUUUUAUUUUAAAUAAAAAUGUACUUGUAAAAA